AUGAGUCUUCGGUUGAAGAUGCAGAAUCAUCAUCAUCAUCAUCGCCAUCCUUUGGCUUUGUCGAAGUUGCACGAACAAACGGGGAACAAACGAUACACGUUCAUUCAGGCGCAUAGAGGUUGGCUUUUGAGGUUUUUGUUGCUAUGGAUUCUUCUGAUGGCGAUAAUUAGUUAUUGUAUCUAUAGCAAUAUGGAUGUGGAUUCGAAAGUUAGAAGGAAAGAGGUUUUGGGGAGUCUUUGUGAUCAAAGAGCUCGAAUGUUGCAAGAUCAGUUCAGUGUUAGUGUUAACCAUGUUCAUGCUCUAGCGAUUCUUGUUUCGACUUUUCAUUAUUACCGAAACCCUUCUGCUAUAGACCAGGAAACUUUUGCGGAAUAUACAGCUAGGACUGCGUUUGAAAGGCCGUUACUUAGUGGAGUGGCGUAUGCGCAGAGAGUGGUUAAUUCGGAAAGGGAUCGAUUUGAAAAGCAACAUGGAGUGGUUAUAAAGACAAUGGAAAGAGAGGCUUCGCAGGUUAGAGAUGAGUAUGCACCGGUCAUAUUUGCUCAAGAAACUGUCUCUUAUCUCGAGUCUAUUGAUAUGAUGUCUGGCGAGGAGGACCGAGAAAACAUUAUGAGAGCUCGAGCUACUGGGAAAGCUGUUCUGACUAGUCCUUUUAGGUUGUUGGGUUCUCAUCAUCUUGGUGUGGUUUUAACGUUUCCUGUUUACAAAUCGAAGCUCCCUCCAAACCCAACAACCGAAGAGCUCAUUAAAGCGACGGCAGGAUAUGUUGGAGGAUCCUUUGAUGUUGAGUCCCUUGUGGAGAAUUUACUCGGUCAACUUGCUGGUCACCAAGCAAUUUUGGUGAAUGUAUACGAUAUCACGAACUCUACUGACCCUCUUAUCAUGUACGGCAACCAAUACGAAGAAGGUGAUGUUUCUCUUGUUCAUGAAAGUAAGCUUGAUUUCGGAGAUCCAUACAGGAAACAUCAAAUGAUAUGUAGGUAUCACCAGAAGGCACCGACAAAUUGGGUAGCUCUUACCACUGCAUUCCUAUUCUUUGUGAUUCUUUUGUUAGUCGGUUAUAUUUUAUACGGUGCUGGAAACCAUAUUGUCAAAGUAGAGGACGAUUUCCAUGAAAUGCAGGAAUUGAAAGUUCGAGCUGAAGCAGCUGAUGUUGCCAAGUCACAGUUUCUAGCUACCGUCUCUCAUGAAAUUAGAACACCGAUGAAUGGCAUUUUAGGAAUGCUCGGUCUGCUUCUACGCACUGAAUUGAAUUCUACCCAACGGGAUUAUGCUCAGACUGCUCAAGCAUGUGGAAAGGCACUGAUAGCACUAAUAAAUGAAGUGCUUGACCGAGCUAAAAUCGAAGCUGGAAAACUAGAGCUAGAAGCGGUUCCAUUUGACCUUCGGUCCAUACUCGAUGAUGUCCUUUCUCUCUUUUCCGAGAAGUCUAGACACAAAGGUUUAGAGCUGGCAGUGUUUGUUUCUGAUAAAGUUCCGGAUAUUGUUAUGGGUGAUCCUGGGAGAUUCCGGCAAAUUGUAACAAAUCUUGUCGGAAAUUCUGUUAAAUUCACUGAGCGAGGACAUAUAUUUGUUAAAGUCCAUUUAGCUGAAAAUCGAAAGUCCGCAAUGAAUGGAAAAUUCGAGACUUUUCGAAACGGAGGAUCUGAAGAAGUUAUGCAUAUAUCCGGUGGCUAUAAUCUGAAAACCUUGAGUGGAUGUGAUGCAGCUGAUGAACGCAACAACUGGGAUAAUUUUAAGCAUCUAAUUGCCGAUGAAGAGUUUUUCUGCGACGCAUCGACUAAAAAAGUGGCCACUAACGAAUCUUACGAGCAAGUAACUUUGAUGGUCUGUGUCGAAGACACUGGAGUUGGAAUCCCUUUCUCGGCACAGGAUAGGAUUUUCAUGCCAUUUGUGCAGGCGGAUAGCUCAACUUCAAGAAACUACGGUGGUACCGGCAUCGGCUUGAGUAUCAGUAAAUGCCUGGUUGAACUUAUGGGCGGUGAAAUAAACUUUAUAAGCCGGCCGCAGGUUGGAAGCACUUUUUCAUUUACUGCCGAUUUUAAAAUAUUUAAGAAGAAUUUAAUACCCGACGUGAAGAAGGUUAAUUAUGAAGAUCUACCUUCGAGUUUCGGAGGACUUAAAGCCAUUGUUGUCGAUGGUAAACCUGUAAGAGCUGCCGUGACUCGAUACCAUUUGAAGAGACUUGGGAUACAAGCUAAAGUCGCAAAUGCCAUCAAUAAAGCUGUUUCUUUAUGCGGGAAAAACGGUUCUUUGACUACAGGAUUAUUCCAGCCCGAUAUUAUUUUUGUCGAGAAAGAUUCAUGGGUCUGUGGAGAGGAUGUGCGGCAACUAGAUUGGAAGCAAAACGGACAUAUAUUUAAGAUGCCUCAAAUGAUCCUUCUUGCGACGAAUAUUAGCAACGACGAAUUCGAUAGAGUGAAAUCCGCAGGUUUUAGCGACACCGUGAUCAUGAAGCCGCUGAGAGCGAGUAUGGUGGGAGCUUGUCUUCAACAAGUAUUGGGGACAGGCAAGAAGAGACAACUAGGAAAAGAAAUGCCCAACGGUUCAACUUCCGUUCGAAGCCUUCUUUUCGGAAAGAAAAUUUUGGUGGUUGAUGACAACGGAGUGAACCGAAGAGUAGCUGCGGGCGCGUUGAAAAAUUUCGGAGCUGACGUGAAGUGUGCAGAUAGCGGCAAAGCUGCUCUUGAAAUGCUUCAAUUCCCUCACGAUUUUGACGCAUGCUUCAUGGAUAUUCAAAUGCCCGAAAUGGACGGGUUUGAAGCGACGCGACGAAUUCGGGGGAUGGAGAAGGCGGCGGCGAACGAUGAAGCGACGAAAAGUGAGUUCCACUUACCGAUAUUGGCGAUGACGGCGGAUGUAAUCCAUGCAACAUAUGAAGAGUGUUUGAAAUGUGGAAUGGAUGGAUAUGUGUCAAAACCAUUUGAAGAAGAGAAUCUUUAUCAAGCAGUUGCAAAGUUUUUCAAAACAAAGACUACUAGUACCACAAUAGAUUCAUCAUAA